AUGCGUGAGGCCAUCUGCAUCCACAUUGGUCAGGGCGGCGUGCAGAUCGGAAAUGCUUGCUGGGAGCUCUUCUGCCUCGAGCACGGCAUCCAGCCUGACGGCCAGAUGCCCUCCGACAAGACGAUCGGCGGAGGAGAUGAUGCGUUCAAUACGUUUUUCAGUGAGACGGGCGCUGGCAAGCACGUGCCCCGCUGCGUGAUGGUCGACUUGGAACCCACCGUCGUGGAUGAGGUUCGCACAGGCACCUACCGUCAACUUUUCCACCCGGAGCAGCUCAUUUCUGGCAAGGAGGAUGCGGCAAAUAAUUUCGCUCGUGGGCAUUACACGAUUGGGAAAGAAAUCGUGGACCUGGUCUUGGACCGCAUCAGAAAGCUGGCUGACAACUGCACCGGACUCCAAGGGUUUUGCGUGUACAACGCAUGCGGCGGAGGAACAGGAUCAGGCCUCGGAUGUCUCAUGCUCGAGAGGCUUUCCGUGGAUUACGGCAAGAAGAGCAAGAUCUCCUUCACGGUCUGGUGCUGCCCUCAGGUGGCGACUGCCGUGGUCGAGCCCUACAACACUGUUUUGUGUGUCCACUCGCUACUUGAGCACACGGAUGUGACCAUCAUGUACGACAACGAGGCGUUGUAUGAUAUUUGCCGCCGGAACCUGGACAUUGAGCGACCUACGUACACCAACCUGAACCGCCUCAUCGCACAGAUCAUCUCAAGUUUGACCGCAUCGCUGCGAUUCGAUGGAGCUUUGAACGUGGAUAUCACGGAGUUCCAGACCAACCUGGUCCCAUACCCGCGCAUCCACUUCAUGUUGACGUCCUAUGCUCCUGUGAUCUCGGCUGAGAAG